AUGGCAAUCCUGCAUGAGAGUGGCACGUACAAGGCUACCUUUCAAGGUAAAUCGCAUGCUGUAGAGAAGACUUUUGCCGGAAUUGCACCAGCGGACGGCAAAGUGGACAAAUCCUUCAAGCAGAUUGCUGCAACUACCAAGGAAGCUUUGCAAACUCAAAAGGCUUUGCAGUCCCUGGCAGAAUCGCAAGGAUCAGAGCUUCCUCAGAUCAUUUCCAACCUUGAUCCAAACGGUAGCAAACCCAGUGCAGGCUCAAGUGUUCCCAUGUCAGAUGCCAAAGACAUUACUGCUGAAUUCCUAGUGGCGGCUCAUGCGUUGAAUGCUCUUCAACAAGAAGUGCGUGCUGCGGUUGAGGAUCACAUCACUCAAGCUCAGAAACAGGGCCAGAUCCCUUUCAAGCGCAUUCCUGCACCAGCAGAUGGCUUGUGCAUGUAUCACUGCAUCAUGGGAACUGCAACAUUGUCUUCAUGGACACAGGUGUCUAGAAAUUCAGGUGGUAUUGCUGUGAACCGCCGGCAAGAACGAGCAGAAUCAAAUGCUGCCAACACUUUGAGAGAACUCGCUUUGCAAUCAACACCUGAAACAGAUCCAGUCAUCAUGGAACAAGCUCUGUGUGCACAACAAGCGUUGUCGGUGGAUGUGAGCGAACUUAGCUGGCUUGGGCAAUCUUUGGGAAUAUCUAUUCGUUGCACGAUUGAAGACAAGGUGUGGUGUUACCAAAACCGAUUGCUAAUAUGA